GCCGCUCCAGGUCCGCCAGGCGCCGCAUUCGUCUCCUCGCUCCCGCGGCGCGCAGACCCCACCGAGCCGCCUCUCCUUCGCCCGCGCCCUGGCCCGGCCUCCCUGGGGCGCCCUCGCUCGCUCCCUCGCUCCCGCCUCGCUUCGCCUCGCCCCCCCCCCCGCGCCACGCCAGCCGCCGGCAUGUCGGAGAUCCUGCCCUACGGCGACGAGAAAGUGGCCCGCUAUGGGGCCGACUCGGAAGUCAGCGAGCUCUCCUUCAGCUGCCGCCUCCAGGACACCAACUCCUGGGGCAACCAGGCCAAGAGGCCCCCCAAGCUGGGGCAGAUCGGCCGAGCCAAGAGAGUGGUGAUCGAAGACGAUAGAAUAGACGAGGUGUUGAAGGGCAUGACAGACAAGUCGCCUUCCGGGGUAUAAAUCGGCCACCCAGGCGCCCUGCGGCACCGCGAGCUGCAGCCUUGAAACCACUGAGAAAAUUUUUUAAAAAAGCACUUUCGGCUGUGCAUGUUUUGUUGGGAUUGUGAACAACAAAAAAAAAAAAAAGGAGAAAAGGAAACCGAGGGGAAAAGCGAAAGGAAGGAGAUGAGGCUGCUGGCAACACCCUCCACCCCCCCGCCCAGACCCUCCCCCAACCGAAGAGGUCACCGAUGGGGGGGGGGAAACCACCUCGCCCUCCUCUGCACCCCACCGUGCGUUUUAACGCAAAAGGGACGCCACAGAGAUCUUGUCACCCGUCUCUCGUCCUGCUUUCCUUGACCGCGCACGACGCCCAACCGACCUAAACGGAGUCCGCGCAUCUCGAAUCCAGAACCGGAUUCAUUUUUUUUUUUUUUUUUUGCGGCGCCGAAGAGCUCUUCUUUGCGCCUUGGGAAGGGAGCUGUCCGUUUCAGCACCACCCCGCCUGGCGCGCCCUUCCUGCCUGCAUCGCCGAGGACCUGACCACUGCGGCAUCUUCCGCCUCUACGCUGGGGGGGAGGGCUUGUUUAUUCCUCUCUCCUGCCCGCCCCCUACUUCUCCCCACCUCCUGUCCUUUCCGCAGCGGCGGAGUUUAGAGUCCCCCCCCCUUUGUCUUGGGUGACCCCAUGCCAUGACACGAAGGUGCUGUUUCUCCGAGCCACGGGAUCGCCUGGAGCUCUCCCGUUUUUAGAUGUGUGUGUGGGGGGGUCUCCCUUUGAGCAAUGCACUUUACACCCUUCACUUUUUCCCCCCCUUUCCCCAGGGCAGGGGGGGGGGUGGCUGUGUAGCUGACACCUGCAGAGUCACAGACGACACACACACACACACACUUUUCUCCAGAGGCAACCAGUUCAUAGUGUUUGCUGUUAAGAUCCACCUGUCUUUCCAAACGGACAGCCAUUCUGUAAUAUACAGUAUCUCUCUCCCCCCCUCCCUCCACAACCCCCUCCAACCUCCCCUGAAACCUCAAGCCCUUUGCAAAAUACCAGCAGUUUGAAAGCGACCCCCCAAAGCCAGCAACGCUGUGAGUGGAAGACAGAGAGGUUCUGGCAAGGACGGACUCUAUAAUCUACAAAGACAGUGAUUGUUUUCUUGCUGUCCAGAGAGACAUUUUUACUCCAUCUUUUUUGCAUGAGCUUCCUGGUCUCGGUGCCACGUCUCGGUGCCACUAGUCAUCCCCCCACUAUGGCACGCUUCUUUUUUAAACAGAAACUCCUCAUAUUUGUAUUUUUAUAUCUCGAAUCUUUGUUAACAGCAAUCUGCUAAUGUCUAAUGUCGAAAGAGGAAAAAAACAGCAACGUUGCAUCAAAAGAUUGUUUGUAUUUUUUUCCUCCCCCCUUUUUUUUUUCUCUCUCUCCAUAAGGCAGAUAGGAUGAGGUCUUUUUGAAAGAUGGAUUUCCCAAAGGGAAGGCAGGUAUAUUUUAAAAAAUAUAUAUAUAAAUAAAGAUGGUUCCCUCUUGAUUCUAUAUCAGUAUUGGACAGGACUUCUUGAAUGUGUUCCAGGUUUUGCACACAUCAUCGUUAACGAGAAAUGUAUUUCAGAGUCUUCUACUGUGAUCAAUGGCUUUGUCGAUGGACUUUGUAGGAAUAUGACGAAUUUAGAAACAAAAAAAAUAAUAAUAAUAUUGCACUGUUUAUGAAUGUGUUCAGAUAACUCGCUGGUUAUUUGAUGCCUCUUUCUUAGGAGGGGAUGUUUAAGAGUUGUUUUUAAUUUUGUACUUUAAUUUCAUUUAUUUUAUUAUU